UGGGGAGCGCGAGCCUGUGGGUGGCGCGCAGCGCAUGGUGGCGGCUCCUUUCGGAGCGCGGUCGACCUGCUGACCCGGGCUUCGUUCCCCGUGCCCGGCGCGCCCUGGUGACCGGCUGGAAGCAGAAAACAGCAGUAGCUCUAGCACCAGCAGCGGCGGCUGCUCCGCCGCCAGCGACUCCGCGGGAGCAUGGAGUGCGCCCUGGACGCCCAGAGCCUGAUCAGCAUCUCCCUGCGCAAGAUCCACAGCUCGCGGACCCAGCGCGGCGGCAUCAAGCUGCACAAGAACCUCCUGGUGUCCUACGUGCUCCGCAACGCGCGCCAGCUCUACCUGAGCGAACGCUACGCCGAGCUCUACCGGCGCCAGCAGCAGCAGCAACAGCAGCAGCAGCAGCAACCGCCCCACCACCAGCACCAGCACCUCGCGUACGCGGCGCCGGGCAUGCCGGCCAGCGCGGCCGACUUCGGCCCGCUCCAACUUGGCGGCGGGGACGCGGAGGCGCGCGAGCCGGCCGCCCGGCACCAGCUGCACCAGCUCCACCAGCUUCACCAGCUGCACCUCCAGCAGCAGCUGCACCAACACCAGCACCCGGCGCCCAGGGGCUGCGCGGCGGCGGCCGGGGCGCCCGCGGGUGGCGCUGGGGCGCUCUUGGAACUGCCCGGGUGCGCCGCGCUCCAGCCGCCGCACGGCGCGCCCCACCGCGGGCAGCCCUUAGAGCCGCUGCAGCCGGGUCCUGCGCCUCUGCCGCUGCCGACACCCGCGCCCGCCGCGCUCUGCCCGCGGGACCCUCGCGCCUCUGCCGCCUGCUCCGCGCCCUCUGCGCCCCCGGGGGCCGCCCCUCCGACCGCCACAGCGGCCUCCCAGCCCACCUCCCCGGCUCCCUCCACCUCCCCUGGCUUCUACCGGGGCGCGUACCCAGCUCCCUCGGACUUCGGUGUGCAUUGCAGUAGCCAGACCACCGUGCUGGACCUGGACACUCACGUGGUGACCACGGUGGAAAACGGCUACUUGCACCAGGACUGCUGCGCCUCCGCCCACUGUCCCUGCUGUGGCCAGGGCGCUCCGGGACCGGGCCUGGCGUCCCCCGCCGGUUGCAAGCGCAAGUAUUACCCUGGUCAAGAGGAAGAGGACGACGACGAGGAGGACGCGGGAGACCUGGGGGCCGAACCCCCCGGUGUCGCCCCGUUCGCCCCCUGCAAGCGCGCUCGCUUCGAGGACUUCUGCCCGGACUCGUCCCCGGACGCGUCCAACAUCUCAAACUUGAUCUCCAUCUUUGGCUCAGGCUUCUCGGGGCUGGUGAGCCGACAGCCGGACUCCUCGGAGCAGCCGCCGCCGCUCAACGGGCAGCUGUGCGCCAAGCAGGCGCUCGCCAGCCUCGGCGCCUGGACUCGAGCCAUUGUCGCCUUCUAGGGACCCCCGAGGGCAUGGGGACCCGGGGCCCCGCGGGGCUGGGGCCAGACAAAGACUCAGCCAAGGGGCGAAAGGAGGAAGAGAACGGGCGCCUGGCCACUCGGGGCUGAGCUGGGGCGACCAAAGGGAAGCGGCUGAUGUUUUAUAAAUUGUAAAAUAAAAAAAAAAAGAAAUCUAAAAUCUUGGACUUUAUUUUUGCAGAGAGAAAAAGCGCCUAUUUAAGUAUGCUUUGUGUUUCUCCUACUCUUUUUUUUUUUUCCCCCUUUUUAUUGUAGUGAUUGCAGCGCUGUUUAGCGAGGAGCCUGCCACGUGAGGGAGGGCUGUUGCCCGGAGGAGGUGCUGGGCAGCCGGGGACGAGGAUGGGUGCUCGGGCCGCCAGGGCGCCGCGCUGGAGGGCGCGGGACCGGGGACGCCGAUUCCAAUCAGUUGUCAGACCGACCUGGGAAGCCCGACGUUCCGCUCUCCGGAGUCCCUCUAUGGGGUGAGGAAUGGGUCUUGUGAAAUCCUUAGCAAAAAAAAAAAAAAAAAAAACAAAGGCAAACUCUAUCUCCAAAAGGGACGUUUGGGUCACAUUUCCUCUCUGGGGGCGGCCUCCAAAGUUCUCAAAAUGAGAAGGCAGAAAUGAAAACACUUCAACUUUUUUUUUUUCCCUUCCCGGGGCGGGCGUCUUGAACCUCUCCUCUCCCCGCCCCUCUGGCUCCGCUCUCCUCCCCUCCUCCACCCGCCUCCUGGACUCGGGGGUGGCGCCCGGCACCCCGACACUGUUUGGGGAAGGACUGGGGGGGCGAGCACAGUGGACUACAUUUCCCAUCAUGCCCAGCACUGCGGUCCUUACUAAACAAAAAAGGAAGUCGAUUCCUUCACCUGGAUCCCUGGCGGCCCCAGGGGAGGGAGGGGCCGGGACCGCCGACUGCGUUGGAGACUUUUCUCUAAGUUCCUGGUCAGCUGUGGUGUUUGUGUGUGUGUGUGAGUGUGUGCUUCUAAGUUGCCCUGUUCCUGGCUCAGCCUUCGGUUGCAUUUCAUGAAACCAGCAUUGUUCAGCCUGUGAGACCCAUGUUCUGUCUUCCUUCAGCUUGAUAAAUUUUGUUUAAAAACCUUUUGUUGUGAAAAGGUGGGGUUCAUCCGCAGCCCCUUCUGGGUACCUGCCAUCAGCACCGUUCAGACUCCCAAAACAAGUUGCCAACCUUUCCUUUCCUUUCCUGAUCUUUCUUCCUCCUGUAUUUUUCGUGUAUACUGAAUUGUACCUCACCGGGUAAAACUGUUCAGAUUAUUUGUUUAAAUCUAUAAUCUUAAAUAAAAAGUCGAUAGUA